UGGUCAUUAGUAUUAUUAAAUCGGUCGAGGUACGUCCAGCACGGCGCGCAGUUUCCGGUAGAUACAAAACAAAAUCUUAUAAAGAGUGGCAUUAAAAUGGCAGAGCAAAAGAAGGCACCGCUCUUGAAGAAGGAGGAGGAGUACGUCAAGGCGCUCGAGGGUUUCAUUGCACCCGAAAAGGAUCAGGUUGUCCUGCUGCUGGACUACGAUGGCACCCUGGCCCCACUCACCGAGGAGCUGUCCGUGAUGCCCAAGGAUACGGAGAUCAACAUCAAGAAAUUGGCUGCCAAUGAGAAGAUCUUCAUGGUUGUGUUCUCCGGCCGCGAGCUGAGCGAGAUCAAGAACCAUCUGAAGUUCCCCAAUGUCACCUAUGCCGGCAAUCACGGUCUCGAGGUGGAGUAUCCCUCCGGCAAGAAGUUCAAGAUUGAAAUGCCCGAGGAGCUGCUGGAGAAGCACAACAAACUGGUGGCCGAACUCAAGGAGAAGGUCGUGUGCUCUGGUGCCUGGGUGGAGGACAAGAAGAUCUCCGUCACCUAUCACUACAAGGGCGUCACCGAUAAGCUGAAGGCCAAGCUCAUUGCCGAGGCCAAGGGUCUGAUCCAGUCCCAUGGCUUCCAGCUGAUUGAGACCCCCUAUGCCCUGGAGGGCAAGCCACGCGUCAACUGGGACAAAGGAGAGGGCGCCAAGAUGAUCCUGGAGAAGCAGUUCGAUGCCGAUUGGGCCAAGAACCUGAAGAUCAUCUAUGUGGGCGAUGACACCACCGAUGAGGACGCCAUCAAGGUGCUGCAUGGCAUUGGCAAGACCUUCCGCGUCUCGGAGCUGCCAACGCUGAAGACCUAUGCCAACUAUCAGAUCAAGACCGUCGAGGAGGUGGGUUGGUUGCUGAAAGCCAUUCAGGCCUACUACGAGAAGAAGAAGAAGGUCUAAGCGAUGGAUCAUCGAACAAA